ACUAGACUGCAGGCGCUGAACCUGGCCGGCAACCAGAUAAGUGAGCUGACAUCCGCCUCGCUGCCGCCGCUGCCCUCCUUACAUACGCUAAUACUAAAACGGAACCGGAUCGUCCACAUCGAUGAACGCGCCUUCGUCAACACUCCCGCCCUGCGCAUCUUGUAAAAGGCUAGAAGAGAAUCUGCUAACUGAGUUGCCACCAGCUAUACAUCUUUUGCCGCAGCUCGAAGAUCUGUCCCUGGCUAACAAUCGCAUAGAGCGGGUAUCAUCUGGUCUGCAGGCGUGCAGUCGGCUGGCGAGGCUGGAGCUUCGCGCCAAUCCGCUAUCACAUCUGCAUGCGCACGCGCUGUCCCAUCUACCGCGAUUGACUACACUGAUACUCUCUGAGGCUCGUGGUCUGGAGCGGGUGCCGGCGCUCAACGGGUCAUCUCGGCUGCGCACGCUGCGGGUAGACCGGGCUCGCCUCACGCAUCUGCCGCAUGAUCUGUGCCAUCAUGCACCGCAGCUACGGGCUCUGGACGCGCGGUCGAACUACUUGGAGAGAGUGCCCGACCUGCGCGACUGUGGAGAACUGCGAGUGCUUGAUCUAUCUGAGAAUGAUGUUCUAACGCUGGAGGGCGGCGCACUGCGCGGGCCGAGGAAGCUUCACGAUCUGCUGCUGGCCAGGAACCGCAUCCGACAUAUACCCGCAGACGCCUUCGUGCACACGCCCAGGUUACAGCUACUCGACCUCGAGGGGAACCAGAUCGAGCACAUCGACAUGGAAGCGUUCGUCCCUAUUUCCAAACUAGAGGACCUCAACGUGGGCAACAACGUGUUCCCGGUGCUGCCGGCGAGCGGGCUGCAGCGGCUGCUACACCUGAAGGCCCACAACAAUCCCAACCUGAGGCGAUUCCAUCCGCCGGAGCUCUUCCCUAGGAUACAGAGCCUAGUCCUAUCAUACGCGUACCACUGCUGCGAGUUCCUGCCGUUGAUGACGGAGGCCGCUGAGGACGAGGCGACGGACUCGGAGCACUUCAGUGACCUGGUGCUGUUACCGCCGGCCCAUGUGGACCUCGCCGCCUGGGCUAACGCUACUGAUAUAUGGCCACAUUAUUUGAACGCUACUGGCGAUGGUGGUUUACGUCUGGCGGGCUGGGGAGCGCCUGCUUCUGCUGAAGUGAAAACCCCGAGAGUCACCUGCUUGCCACUGCCCGGUCCGUUCCUGCCUUGUGUAGACCUGUUCGACUGGUGGACGCUGCGCUGCGGCGUGUGGGCGGUGUUCCUGCUCGCUCUGCUCGGCAACGGCACUGUGGUGUUCGUGCUGCUGUUCAGCCGAAGUCGAAUCGACGUACCGCGGUUCCUCGUCACCAACCUCGCCACUGCUGACUUCUGCAUGGGCAUUUACCUCGGGUUUCUAGCUGUGGUGGAUGCAGGAACACUUGGAGAGUUUCGCUCUCACGCCAUCUCGUGGCAAAUGUCGGGCGGGUGCCGGCUAGCGGGCUUCCUCGGCGUGCUGUCGUCGGAGCUGUCCGUGUACACGCUGGCCGUCAUCACCCUGGAGCGCAACUACGCCAUCACGCACGCCAUGCACCUCAACAAGCGGCUGUCGCUGCGCCACGCCGCCGCCGUCAUGGCCGCCGGCUGGGCGUUCUCCCUCACCGCGGCGACGCUGCCGCUGCUCGGCGUGUCCGACUACCGCAAGUUCGCCAUCUGCCUGCCCUUCGAGACGGGCACGCCGGUCGCGCUCGGCUACGUCGUCGCGCUGCUCGCCAUCAACGGCCUCGCCUUCCUCGUGCUACUCGGCUGCUACCUCAAGAUGUACUGCGCGAUCCGCGGCUCGCAGGCCUGGAACUCCAACGACUCCCGCAUCGCCAAGCGGAUGGCCCUCCUGGUCUUCACGGACUUCCUGUGCUGGUCCCCCAUCGCGUUCUUCGCUCUCACGGCCGCCUUCGGGGUCCGGCUCGUCUCCCUCGAGGAGGCGAAGGUCUUCACAGUUUUCGUUCUCCCGCUGAACUCCUGCUGCAACCCGUUCCUGUACGCCAUCCUCACGAAGCAGUUCAAGAAGGACUGCGCGCUCGUGUGCAAGGCGAUCGAGGAGUCGCGCGUCACACGCGGCAUCGGCCGCUGCCGCCACUCCUCCAACUUCAGCAACCGCCAGACACCGGCCAACACGAACAGCCUCGCGGAGCGGUCGUCGCGCGGCCAGCACGGCGCCUCGUGCGCCUGCCGCCGCCUGCUGCCCGGCAGCGGCGCGCCCGCCGUCAGCACCAGCGCCGGCACCGCGCCGCCCGAGGCGGUCGGCGAGCCUGGCACCGAGCGGCUGCUGCGCUGGCUGCGCUCGUGCGGGCGGCGCGCGGCCCGGGGUGGGACGCCGCCUGCGCCCGCCCCCCGCGCCCCCGCCGCGCCGACGGCGCGCGCGGGCUCGGUGUCGUCGUCGGUGGAGUUCUCGUCGUCGCGGUCGGAUUCGUGGCGCGCGUGCGGGCGAGCGCCGCCGCCGCGCCGCGCCGCGUCGUGGCUGGUGACACGUAAGACGUCGCAGGACUCGAACCUGUCGUCGUCGCGGAACGACUCGUCGGGGUCGAACGCGACGGCGUCGACAGGCACGUGGCGCACGUCACGGUCGGGCGGCAGCGCGGGCGGGCGGCCGCGGCUGACGCGCCAGCCGGCGGUGUGCGCGGACGAGCCGCCGGCUGCGCUGGCGCCGCGCCACCUGCACACCAUCCCCUCGGCCGCGGAGCCGGACGCGGCGCCGGACGAGCCCGCGCCGGCGCCGCGCUGACCGCGCCCCAUGUGUCUUAUGCUCCCGUCCAUUAGUGUUCGCGACCCGCCCCGUGCGCCCGGCGAGCCCCGCCCCGCGCCUCGGUGACACCGGUCCGUGUCGGUUUCGUUUCUAUCGUACUGAUUGUGCAUUAUUAUAUACUUAGUGUCCUUGUGAUUUUUAGACUUGAAGUUUUUAUGACAUGUGGAUGUUUUUUUACGUAGCGAAGAAGAGAAAUAAAAUUUAUACAGAAGGGAAGUUGGGGGUAGGAGAUGUUUGGGGACGUAUCGUAGGGGGGGAGUCGCCAAGCUCGCUCCUCGAUUCCUCGAAAGGUUCUCGCGUCCCGAGAGUAUACGGUAAAGUUAAAACUUUGUUAAGACUUAAGUAGAGCCCAGCCGGCACCGCAGCAGUAUUCGACUAUGCUAUAAUGUACUCUGUAAUGUAACUACUGUAAUU